AUGAUCCUGUAUCAAUACCGACAAGAGAGAGAAAACCCAUCUUUCUCUUCGACACUACUCGAUGCGAUCUAUCGUUCCAUUGAUGAAGGAGAAGAAGAAUUAGUCCUUUACAGAGGGAGCAUGAGGAAGAAACAGAGUAAUUGUACUGUGAAAGGGAAUGGUAAUUCUCAGCCUCACGUUGGGGAAGAUAAUAAAAUGGCCAGUUUUCAGCGGGCUUACAUGAUCGAGAAAUGGACGGAGAGGAAAGUGAGUGAAAAGGUGGCUGUUCGCCGGAAAUCAUCUCCGGCGGAUAUUGAAAGAAAAUGGGGAAAUGGGCCGGAUCCGGUGUUGUUGAAUCGGAGCUCGAGCUCCUCCUCCUCAGAUUCGAGUUCUGGGAGAGGAUUCUCAUCUUCAGAGGCUGAAUCUGUGCAUGGGUUUUUAUCUUGUUAUGAUGCCAUUGCCAUGCCUAGGCCAAAGCCUAUUCGAACAGGCGUUUCAGCCCAGCAUCGCCAUAACGAGCAGAGAGAUCAUCAAGUUUCACAACCAAAGCCAAAGCAUGAUGGAAUUGCAGGAGGAGGUUUCGUGAAGACAAAGUCGAGAGCUUCAAAGAUCUAUAGCGAUCUCAAGAAAGUUAAGCAACCAAUCUCCCCAGGUGGCCGUCUUGCUACUUUUCUCAACUCUCUUUUCAGUGCUGGCAAGCGAAACGCAAAGAAAGCUAAGAUUUCUUCCGCCACUGGAGGUUGCUACGAUGAGUCGUCGUCGGCCUUGGAAAGAAAAUUGAAGUCUGCAAAGAACGCAUCGACAUGUUCGUCAGCUUCCUCAUUUUCAAGAUCAUGUUUGAGCACCACUACUACUACUACUACAUCAGCUUCCAGGGAACAAUUAAGCAGUAUUAAUGCCACAAAAAGGUCGGUGAGAUUCUUUCCGGCGAGUGUGAUUGUUGGUGAAGAUUGUCGACCAUGUGGACAUAAAUCUCUGUAUGAAGAAGAUGACCCAAGUCAUGUACUACAAUUACAGUCGUUGAAGGCUAACAGAAAGGAAGAGCUUCUCAAGUUUCAUUAUCAUAACAUGGCCCAGAAAAAAAACUGCCGAGUUGGAGUUGGAGAAGCUGCAACCGCAAGGGAUGUUCUUUUAUUAAAGAAUUAUGAUCAGAAGAUGGUUGAGAACGAGUUUCAUACGAGAAAUGCCUAUUUCAACACUACUGAACAACUAAUGGACGAUGAAGACGAGGACGCCGCAAGUUAUGCUAGCUCUGAUCUCUUUGAGCUUGAUAAUCUUUCUGCUAUUGGGAUUGAUAGGUAUCACCAAGAACUGCCCGUGUAUGAAACUACCCGUUUAGAUGCGAAUCUGGCCAUUGCUAAUGGCUUGAUUUUGUAAUUCCAAACAUAAAGUUACUACUUUAAUUUGUUUAAUUAUGGUUGGGGGAUC